UCUAAUGAAUGAGCCGAACAAUGUCGUAGAAUAAUCGCAAAAGCAAAGUAUUACAUUGCGGAAAGAAGUUCUACACCACUAGCAACCCCCGACGGCUACAUCGUUUGAAAAUUGCAGUAGCUUUAAGAUUCAUUUAUUGUUACAAUUGUUGCAAGUACUUAAACAAUUGCAUAAGGCAUGUAUGUAUGUCAACUCCAGGAUAGACUGCGCACAUCACACGAAAAUAAAACUAUGCGUGUUCCCUGUUUGCACACACAUACACAGACGACCUCUCUCCGCUCUUAAAAUCGCCUAUUUGUUGUUGGCCGCAGUGCUUGUUUUGCUAAUAUUAAUAUAUGUAGAGUGCCAAAUAAGAAUCAGUAGUCGCCGCGGCAUCGACGUGUCAGUUUGAAGCAAAAUAUAUUAAUCGCACCAAAUCUCGUCGCAAAGUAGUUCCAAGAAGAACUAACGAGCAAAAACAAAAAUACAAUGGCGGAAAAAGUAAAUGUGUGCAUUGUGGGCUCCGGCAACUGGGGUUCGGCCAUAGCGAAAAUCGUGGGUGCCAACGCCGCCGCUCUACCGGAAUUCGAAGAACGGGUGACCAUGUUCGUCUACGAGGAGAUGAUUGAGGGCAAAAAGCUGACGGAGAUUAUUAACGAGACGCACGAGAACGUCAAGUACCUGAAAGGACACAAGCUGCCCCCGAAUGUGGUUGCUGUGCCCGACCUGGUUGAGGCUGCCAAGAACGCCGACAUUUUAAUCUUCGUUGUGCCCCACCAGUUUAUUCCCAACUUUUGCAAACAGCUUCUGGGUAAGAUCAAGCCGAACGCCAUCGCUAUCUCUUUGAUUAAGGGCUUCGACAAGGCUGAGGGCGGUGGCAUCGAUCUGAUUUCGCAUAUAAUCACGCGCCACCUGAAGAUCCCAUGCGCCGUGUUGAUGGGUGCCAACCUGGCCAAUGAGGUGGCCGAGGGAAACUUCUGCGAAACGACCAUAGGUUGCACGGACAAAAAGUAUGGCAAGGUGCUGCGCGAUCUCUUCCAGGCGAAUCACUUCCGCGUUGUGGUCGUGGACGACGCUGACGCUGUAGAAGUUUGCGGAGCCCUUAAGAACAUUGUGGCCUGCGGCGCGGGUUUUGUUGACGGCCUGAAGCUUGGCGAUAACACCAAGGCAGCUGUGAUCCGACUGGGCCUUAUGGAGAUGAUUCGCUUCGUGGACGUCUUUUACCCCGGAAGCAAGUUGUCCACCUUCUUCGAGAGCUGUGGUGUAGCAGAUCUGAUCACGACGUGUUACGGUGGGCGAAAUCGUCGAGUGUCUGAGGCCUUUGUGACUUCCGGAAAAACUAUUGAGGAGUUGGAGAAGGAAAUGUUAAACGGUCAGAAGCUGCAGGGCCCACCCACUGCCGAGGAGGUGAACUACAUGCUAAAGAACAAGGGUCUAGAGAACAAAUUCCCUUUGUUCACGGCUAUUCACAAAAUAUGCACAAAUCAGCUUAAGCCUAAUGAUUUAAUUGAUUGCAUACGCAAUCACCCUGAGCAUAUGGAUACGUCCAUCAUGCCGUCGCCAAAACUUUAAACUGUGUUACAUCCAAACAAUACUAUAUAUACCCGCAUAGAUCAAAUCAACACAAGUCAUCAUCACCAAUGCAUAUCAACUGGCAACAAAAGAUAAAACCAUAUAUAUGCAUAAAGUCAGAAAAGUCGUUCCACUUCAAUAGCAUUUAUAAUUUCCUUUCUAUUCGCAAGUGUUUUUUUCAAUGUGCAAAGUGUUUAAAAAACAUUGAACCAAAACCACAAGUGUCAUAUUUGUUGAACCCAAUUGUUAAAAUAAAUGUAUUUAAUGAUUAUUAAUUCAUUUUUCACAAA